UUCAUUGAUGAACAGAAAACAGUAAAUGAAAUGAAAGAUUUUCCCGAAGUAAUAAGUAAUCACAAAAAUAAUAGUAUAGAUAGGAGCGUUAACAGCAAUAAUCAGCAAAUAUUGAAGAGGGAAUCAGAAAGAGGUGAACGAGAAAAAGAUCCUCAUGAAGAGUCGAUGGAAUUGGAUUCAAUUGACAAUCCAAUGGAACGAGAGGUUAUGGCUGAAUUCGAACGGCGACGACGUGCUAGAACACUGACCUUACCAACUGAUGAUGGCCAUGUGAAGCUGUUACUCAGAAAACUUAAUGAGCCCAUUUGUCUGUUCGGUGAGGAUAAACUGGAUCGUAAAGAGCGUCUUCGAACAAUUUUGUCGACAAUGCCCGAAGAUGAAGUGACACGAAUAUUGCACAGUCCCGAUGANGUUGAUCAAGCACCACAAACACAGAGUGACACAUCCACUUGGUAUCACCGAGGCAUAGAGCUCUUAAGAGAUGCGCGAGUUGCGAUUGCUGACUAUUCGUUACCGCGUGCCAAGCAACGACUCCAACGGAUGCGAGAUGAAGCAAAAGACGGUGGACACCGCAAAGCAGUGGCCGUUCAGGAGAUGCAUCGUUGGGUGGCAUCGCUAUCGGUUUAUGGAUCUCAAGUGGCCGAUGUUAGACCGGUUUCCUACUGUGAAUUUUCGCCGGAUUCGCAGCAUCUCAUCACUUCAGGAUGGUCAGGCGAAUGCAGUGUUUGGACAAUACCGAGUUGUGAACGCGAUCGUAAGUACACCGGUCAUACAAGUCAAGCGGGUUGCGCUCGGUUCCAUCCCGGCGCAUACAUAUCGCAAGAUUCAUUCGCGGUGAACGCGGCCAGUUGUGCACACGAUGGCACCAUCAAAUUGUGGAGUUUAGAGGCAAGUGAGCCACUCUGCGAACUUGAUCCACUCCCACAACGUGUGGCACGAAUCGCCUUUCAUCCAUCCGGAAGAUUUUUAGCUGCGUGUUGUUUCGACUGUUCAUGGCGACUCACUGAUUUGGAAUACGAACAAGAGAUUCUUAUCCAAGAAGGACAUAGUCGUCCAGUGUUUCAUGCUGAUUUUCAAGGAGAUGGCUCACUUUUGCUGACAUUAGGUAUGGAUUGUUAUGGUCGAGUGUGGGAUUUACGUACUGGUCGAUGUGUGAUGUUUUUAGAAGGACAUUCCAAGGAAAUUCAUUGUGGACAGUGGCUUCCCAAUGGCUAUCAAAUGGUAACUGGAUCAGCGGAUAACAGUUGUAUGGUAUGGGAUUUGCGUAUACGUCGUGCACUGAAACCGAUCGCAGCACACAACUCGCUUGUGUCCGGUUUGAAGGUGGAUUCGAAAGGAUUGUAUAUGAUCACGUCGUCGUUCGAUAAUUCGUUAAAGGUUUGGGAAACAGGCGGAUGGUGUCCAUUGCGACAGCUGCAAGGUCAUGACACAAAAGUGAUGGGAUUGGAUAUAUCACCGAACGGUAAAUGGGUCGCGAGUGUUGCGUUUGAUCGUACUUUCAAAUUAUGGACGAAACAAUUGUAUUGA